AUGGCUAACGGUUACUACAAGCAUGUUGUCGAGACUACUACGAAAGCCAAGGAGGAAAUCACGCCUCCACCAGAUUACUCGGUAAACUCCUUGUCCAAGGUGCAAACCGUUGUCUCCUCUGCCCCAGAUCUCAAUGAUAUCAGCCCUUCUUCCUCAGACACCAAGAAACAAGAUGAAAAGAAGGACAUUGCAGCUCGGCCCAUCAAGCCACUGCCAAAGCGCCGUGACAAGGAAGCAAGAUACUCGACAGACGAUGUGCAGCUAGGCUCAUAUACCAAGGCAACCAACGGACAAGAACCGAAGAGUCUCUUGAAAACACCACUACCAGCCAGUUCGUACGAGAAGAAAGAAGAGACCACCACGCAACCUUUUGUUUUCUCUGCCGGAAAUGGAAGUCCGCAAGCCCAGGAGAAAACCACCAUAUCUUCUUCUUGUUCUUCUCCACCGAGAACCAAAAAACCACUCCCACUCCGCCCCAAACCCACCGUUCCAACCUACCCAUCUCCCCCCUCGCUCUCCUCAUCUCCCUCCCCCCCUUCGUCCCCCUUAUCCACCACCCACCCCUCACGCCAAACAACCGCCCCAACAACCCUUACAACCCCCACCCCCAUCACCACCACCUUCCCUGCUCCCCUCCCGCCUCCUCUCUCUCAUUCUCCACCCAGCCCACCCCCAACUGCCGACCCAGGCGCCACCUGCCCCAAAUGCACCUCGCCCAAUAAACUCCUAACCACGCACUCCACCAACCUCAACAACUCCCGCCCCUACCGCCUCUGCACCAACCCUUCCUGCCGCUCCUGGAACGGCUUCGCAGACGCCCGCGGCCUCGAUCCAAACGUAACCUGCUGGUGCAAUCCCUCGUAUCCCAUGCGCCUGGUUGCCAUGAAUGCGCGGGAUGCGAGGGGCAGGCGCAAGGCGUUUUAUAGUUGUCAGUAUAAGGCUUGUGGGGCGUGGUGGGAGUGCGAGGAGGGUGGCGCGGUGAAGUGGUUUGGGGGGGAAGAGGUUGGGCAGAUGGUUUUGAGAGGGGAGAUCUAG